AUGGCUGGGUCCCGAGAGGAUCCCGUCGAAUUGGGGAGCGACAUGGACGAAGAUGAAGCGCUACGCUAUGCUAUUGCCCUUUCACUCCAGGAACAGGAGGAACAGGGAGACCAGAGUUCGCAGAUCCCGAGCGCCUCAACCUCGACAUCCCACCGGAACGGGACUGGUUCGGGCGGGGCCUCCUUGGGUUUGCUCUCGCUUGAUCGCAAGAAGAUGGAAGAGGAAAGGCUGCAGAGGUUAGCCAAGCGGCGCCGCUCACCAGAGGACGAAAGAAGUGUUGACGAGGUCCCGGCGGCAAAGAGGAUGACACCAUCCGAACCUUCCAGGCCUGUAACCGCAACGGCAACGGCACAUAUGUUACCGAGCUUCGUCCCCUAUCCCAAAGGUGCUAUCAAAAGAACUUGGGCCAAAGGGUACCCGCGGACUUCCGAUGAUAUCAAGAUCGAAGAGGUGUUCCAGAAAGACAAGCUGGAGCUUGCCCUUCUAAGCUCGUAUCAGUGGGAUGAUGAAUGGCUCAUGUCCAAAAUUGACCCGAGAAAGACCAAGCUGUUGCUCCUGGCAUUCGCCGAUAGUGAAGCCCAGAAAUCAGAGAUGCAAUCAAAUGCGCCACCGGGAAUCAAGUUCGUCUUUCCGGCAAUGCAUGGGCCUGGGGCUAUGCAUUCCAAGCUGCAGUUGCUAAAGUACCCUGACUAUCUUCGAGUUGUGGUCCCAACUGCCAAUCUCGUCCCCUAUGAUUGGGGGGAGACUGGCGUCAUGGAGAACAUGGUCUUCCUGAUCGACCUUCCUCGUUUGAAGGACCCCGCGAAUUAUCGGCAAAGCACAUUCAGCACCGAGCUCGGCCGAUUCUUGUCAGCAGCUGGCGUUGGCGAGGGCAUGGUCAGCAGCCUCGCUAACUACGACUUCUCACAAACAAAGCACCUUGGCUUUGUGUACUCCAUCCCUGGUGGACAUCAAGGAGAUUCCUUAAAGCGAAUAGGAUACAGCGGGCUGGGCACCACUGUGGCUGCUCUUGGGCUAGCCACUGACCAACCAAUCGAAGUGGAUUUUGUCGCUGCGGGCACCAUCUGUGUCCAGCCCAAGUGGUGGCGGUCGCCAACCUUCCCCACUGAGCUGGUGCGGGACUGUGUUAACACCAGAGAUGGGCUUUUGAUGCACAGCAAGAUGAUCAUGGUAUCACAGACGCAAGCGGGAAGUCAAUUGCAAACGCGACCGCAAACGCGACCGGAGCCGCGACACCACGAUUCAGGGCCGGCUGCCGCGGAGCCGAAAACGGAAGAGAUGUCUCUUGGCUGGGUCUACAUUGGCAGCGCAAAUCUGUCAGAAAGCGCAUGGGGCCGCAUUGUCAAGGACCGAGCGACAGGACAGCCAAAGAUGAGUUGUCGCAAUUGGGAGAGCGGUGUUGUAGUGCGAAUUAGCAACCCCAAAAACAGCAGCACCGUCUCUGCCAGCUUCAGCACCAGCGCCAGCGCCAGCGCCGCCGGUGCCAGUUCCAGCACCAAGGUCAAGGCGGCAGAGGGCCAGGCACGGUCAUCGGUGCGGGCGGGGAAGAUAUCGGCGGAGCCGGACAAGGGAUGUGAUACGAGCCAACACAAUCAUCACCACUCCCAGAUGCAGAAGCAGAAUCAGAAACAGAAACAGGAGGAAGGGCUCACGGACGCAGAUGCACACACAGAUUCAGACAUGAUGAGCGGCGCUGUUUUCGAGGGCACAGUCCCAAUACCAAUGCGACGACCAGGUCGACGCUAUCGUGAGGGUGAAGAGCCCUGGUUUUACAGUGUGCAGGGCUGA